AGAGCGCCUCUCCGAGGGAUGAGAGGCUGUUUGUUGGCUUCACGUGAUAGUUGAUGUGCGUCACUGCGACCCGCCUGGAGGCUAGAGUAGCACUCAAUGAAGCAGCCGUCUCUGUCAAUUAAGAAUGAACCCCAACGUGGUGAAUAAGUAAGCCAUGCAGCAUUGUGACAGGGGAUGGUCACUGAUUCGCUGGGGUCCUCUGCAGGCUUGAUUGUUUCCCCCCUUUAGUUAUUAGUGUGCCAAGUGAAGGGGAAAACAUGGCUGGUUUAAUGGCAGGUUUUGGUUGUUACACCCACGCUAUCGUCCGGGAAAUCCCUACGUGUUUGGCAAAAGAGGCGCUCCGGACCUGCGAGGCUGAGGUGGAUUCAACUAAGGCGCAAAAGGAACAAGAUGCCUAUGUCCACGUCCUGAGGAGCACGCUCGGGCUCGAGGUAGUGGAGCUGCCUGCGGAUGAGACGCUCCCGGACUGCGUGUUCGUGGAGGAUGCCGCUGUGGUGUGCGGGGACACGGCGCUCAUCACCAGACCGGGUGCAGAGAGCAGGAGGAGAGAGACAGAGGCAGUGAAAGGUGCCUUGAAGGAGCUGAAUCUGAACAUUGUGGAAAUGGCUGAUGAGAAUGCCACAUUGGAUGGAGGAGAUGUCCUUUUCACAGGUCGAGAGUUCUUUGUUGGCCUUUCCAAACGGACCAAUCAAAGAGGAGCAGGAAUACUUGCUGAUGCCUUUAAGGAUUAUGCUGUGUCUACUGUGCCUGUGUUGGAAGGGCUCCAUCUGAAGAGCUUCUGCAGCAUGGGGGGACCAGGCCUCAUUGUCAUCGGCUCCAGUGAACCUGCUCAGAAAGCCCUCAAAAUCAUGCAACAAAUGAGCGAUCAUCAUUAUGACAAACUGACAGUGCCCGAUGACCUUGCUGCCAACUGCAUCUACAUGAACCUGCCCAAUAAAGGACAGGUGCUUCUGCAUUGUACAAGAGAGGAAUAUCCAGAAAGUGUAAAGGUGUUUGAGAAGUUGAAGGACCACAUGCUGAUCCCUGUGUCCAACAGUGAGAAAGUGAAAGUGGACGGCGCGCUUACAUGCUGCUCUGUGCUCAUCAACCAGAAGGCCAACAACUGAACAGAGUCCAAGACUUGGUGAAAUAGUCAUGGUCACUGAAUAAUUAAGCAGAUUUGGUAUUUUUAUUGAGGGACAAAUCAUACUAUUAGGGUCAGACACAUUUUCUUCCUUAAAACGAUUACAUUAACUUCUCUUAAAAUGUAUUUACAGAACAGAAUUAAUUUCAGGCUAUUUGUGUUUGGCAGUUGAACAACACUGUAUUGUAGUCAUUGUUUUUAUUAAAUUCAUGUUGAAUGCAGUUAAGAAUGAAAACUUAUAAUAUAAUAAUAUAUAGAUAACAAAUCACAGGAAGCCUAUUACUGUAUGUGUAGUUUGCAUGUGUUAAAACCUGUAUUCGACGUGCUGUAUGUUAAAGUCUAACACUGUUUAGACUGUGCUGCUUCUCAGCGAGCUGAGGAAAUGACAUCAGGAGGUGAUGCUUGCAUAUGGGCAGGCAGGCAGUGAUGGAGCAUGGAAAGAAUUUGGUUUGUUCUGUUCAGAGGAAAGGCUUGCAACGCCAGUAAACACUAAUUCUUAAACAUGCUCCGUCUUCCUCCCUAACCCACCCGUUACUGUUGAAUCAUAGACAAGUUUGUGCCAACUUCAAUCUCGUUAUAUAUCGUACACUCUGGCAAAUGCGCUUAAACGUAUGACAAUUAUAAGGAAUUGUACCGACAAACAGCUGAAAAGUGUCAUUGCUGCAAGCGUCAUUCUCAAAAUUGUUACUGUGCAAGUUUUUGGCCAGUGGGUGAUUCACUUUUAUUGAUCUCGGCUAAUUAUUUUGUCAGAACCUGACAUUCUACACCUCCUCGCCAUAAUACCAAUUCCCCGCUAAUUAAAUAGAAAGGGUUUUAUCAUGACAUUUUACCAUGGCUUUUUUUGGUUGCUCUUUCUUAACAAUGGUGUACACUGUGUGGUAAUAGCACUUAGUCUGUUGACUUUUGGAGGGAUUCUUUUCACUUUUUUUCUGCUGCACUAAUCUGAUGAUUUUUUGUUUUGUUUUGGUUUCAACAAAGGUUGUGACUCAUGCCUAUUUUACUAAUUACAUCAAUACAAGAGUAUUACAUCUAAUUUACAAAGUAAAGUAACACCCAACAUUCAA